UUAACUCUUGAUAAAAGAUACAAAUAUAUUAACUAUUUAAUUAACGGAUUUACGUAUUCUUUGUGAAUAAACAAAAGUUUUACAAUCAUUUCCAUUGGUCAGUUGAAUUACAUCUUCCCGCUUGUGUUCAAUAUCAUCCUCAUUAAUUUUUAGGCCAUGGAGCGAAUACAAAGUAUGCGACAUGUGGCAUUGCUGAAUAGCUUGCAUCAAGAUGGAUUUCCAAAUGUUAAAACUGCGACGGAAGGGGAUAUAGAAAUUUCCGUAAUCAAUGUACCGAAAACUCAUUUGGAAAGCUACAGGACUUUAGCAAUUGCUUUAGUCUUCAUUGAAAAAAUGAGGAUUGACGAAGAGAUAUAUGAAAACAAAAAAUAUUCCAAUGACAUUCUGAUUCUGGAAUCGAAACUUUACGACAUUCUCUGUCACAUGGAUGAAGUUAUAAGCAAAAAUGGAGAUAGCAUUGAACACGUGACACGGGAAGUUAUGAACAAGGAACUGCGCGCGUAUUCGGAAAGAACACACCGUUUCGCUCGAGAUUACAUAACAGUGAAAGAUACUUCUAAAAUCAUGGACUAUUUUAUUUUUCAAUACACAGCUUUAAAUAAAUAUAUCCAAGAAAGCUAAGAACAAUCGAUAGCUUAUUCAAUCUUGAGGUAAAUCAAGAGGAAAUCGAGUAGAUUAUAUUAAUCAACUGUAAGUGGUGUCCACUCUAUUGUGUUGUGAUAUUUACGUACAUUUUUUGUAAUUGCUUUGAAAUUAUAGUUCGCCUUUUAUGCUGACGCUUCAAGAAGUUUCAUGUAUAUAACAUUCUGAAUAGAACUUCCCGUUAUUAAAGAAAAUGACAAUCCGAUACUUUCAUUUAAGAGAAUGAUAUAUAGUUGAGAUAAACGAAAGUAUAAUACAUAAUCUAUAAUUAAACAUUUUACAUGAAAGUUUGUUCUGACUGUGAUAAUUCUAUUACUGUGAUACAUGUUAAAUUCUGGUCAUAAUGUCAUUAAAUUUAUUUACGUUAUUUUUUUUA